AUGGACAGACUCUAUCACGCACUCUCCUCUACUUGUCUUCGUGUCCGCCUCUUACUAUUUCCAUUCCCUGCACGUUCGCGGUGCGGAACAUUCCCCACGCUAGAAGCGGAAGCGAAAUAUUGGUGCAUUGCUGCUCGUUACCGACGCCACCUUGCACAGUCUAGUGCUCGCCGGCCACCGCAAGAGACAUCUGAGAUACCUCUCGUGACGUACUAUACACCACGUCUUCUACCUCAAUACCGCGACGUACAGCACCUCGACGAAGGAAGCAGUGUAUUUUCUAUACCAGCCAAAACGUUUUGCAAGUGGCAUAGGAUGGUGUUUCGGGGAUCGUAUCACCCGACGCAUGCACAAGCAGUUGUGCGCAUGAAGUAUUACUCUCACAGAGACCUGAAAGAAAUGCAGCGGAUUGCGCGCCUUCUGUCAGACGAGCAAGUGUUACGCCGGCCUUGGUCGCCAAAAUAUAGCGAACUUUGGAAGCGAUGGUUGGAUACCAAAAGUCCGGACGUAGUCAUCGUGUUUGAGUGA